AUAAAACUGGCAUAAACGUCGUCAGUGUGUAAAGCAAUAGAAUUUAGCCAAAGAGUGUGUAGCGCAUGUGUUGUAAAAAUACCUGCAUCACAAUUACUUUUGAAGUGCUGUUUUCAUAUCAGAAGCCAGUAUGGCCAGACCUGAGACACUUUUGCUCCUCUUGCUGGGAACCGGAGCCUGCAUCGUUUAUGCAUGCAACAACGCCAUCUGUGGACCACGGGUCAGCAAGUGUAUGCUGAUCAAGUGUUGUGGCUGUGACAUGUCAGACUUGAAGAACUGCACUUGCUGCCGCGACUGCCAGGUCUGCUUGAAGUCCCUCUAUACUGAAUGCUGUUCUUGUGUUGGUCUCUGUCCGCCUCCAGAUCCUGAGGAUGACCUUGCAAAAACGAGUUCUGUUGAGGAUCUUCCAGAUCCUAUCCCUGACUUGUUUGAUGUCUUGACGGAGGAGGAGGACCAUUUCCAGCGAUGGAGUACAUACACUUUUGCUGUCGACCUGGAUAAAUUGUUGUUCAAACCGGGCGGCGCAAAGUCCCCGAAUGUCAACAUGAAGAUCAUUCAGACUGAAAAAGAGAAGGAACCUCAGCGCAAGUUUGAACCAUCAGAAGAAGACGAUGCAAUUCGUCUUGGUAUUCGCAACUGCACUGUGGCUUUCUUCUCUGAGUGCAUGUCCAUGGGCAAGUGCAAGGCCUCGUGCAGGUCCAUGGGAGCUGCCAAGUACCGCUGGUUCCACGAACACGGCUGCUGUCAGUGUGUCGGCAGCUCCUGCUUUGACUAUGGACUCAGCAACCCUCAAUGUCUGAGGUGUCCAGAAACGGCCGGUUUCAAGGAGCGCUACAUGUUUGAACACAAGGAGAAUUCCAUGUACCACAGCGAUGGCUACGAUAAAGUGGGAAUGUCUCAGGCCUUUGUGGACACGGUAUAGAUGACAGAUACGAAAGUGGGAGAGGUGACCUUGGAGUUCACAGAGAGGUGACCUUGGAGUUCACAGAGAGGUGCAUGAACUUGGUGCGUAUGCACUCACCAGGUGUGAGCAGAGAUCCAGAAUGUGCUGUAGAUCUUGUUUCGACGCCUGUCUUGUAAAUCUGCUUACUGCAAAUGACUAUUAUUAGAUGUGACAAUCAUCAUAAAGUCUGAACACUGAUUCUUGACAUUUCUCCGUAAAAAAUGGGAUGAUCAAUCUUAAACACAUUAUUAGCAUGAAGAGACGAGACACUUUGUACGAAAUUACACGGGAAUAAAGCGUGGUUACUGAGAAAGAAAGAAUACCACUAGUUACUAAAUGACAAAGUGAAGUUAAAGAUCGUCAUUUUAUGCAUAGAGGUUUAGGGCAGUUACUUUACUGAUUUCUGAAAGCAGGAUGCAGUGAAACCCUAGUGCUGAAAUUGAUUUCCUAAAGUGGUUCCGCCUUUUUUUUACGAAGCAAAGGAAAAGGAAAGAGACAUUUAUUUACUACCUCUGUUUAUCAAGUGUAUGAAUUGUAUAUGUAUGGAGAUAUCGGUAACUUGAUGUUUAUUUUGUCUUGCUGAGUGUGUAGGUGUCAGUUCUUGCCUUUGGCUUUUGUUCUUGACAAAGCGACAUUGUCUGAAUGGGACAAUAUUUUUAUACAUUUAUUAAAGGCCGACAUGCCAUCUACUCUUUUGUCUUGUUCAGACGGACUUGCAGACUGUUCUGGUUCAAUCCUUAACUGACCCUAUUUGACUUAAGUUGGUUAUGUUGUUUUUACGGCCUUACACCCCCCCUUAGCUCAGUCAUGUGGUUGUGGAAGUUGAAUCAGGGGUGCUGCCUCCACCGUAACUAUUCUGUGUUUGAAGGGCUGUUACCUAAGCUCAAACCAUAGAGCUGAAGUUUAGAGAUGACAACUAAGAUGUGAUGGGUCCUUUUUAGUGAAACAGCAAAGAAAUGUUAUAUUUUGUGUUCAUCAGUCACUUCGCCUCUCUUGAAUUGAUGAGGUAUGUAAGAGGUUGCGGAAUUGGUUUUCAAAAAUCGAUAUAAUACUAAUCUUUUUUCCUGUCAGAUGAUGGGAUAUUUCUCCAAAUUUUUAGAUACACAGAAGUUAUAGUGCCUUUUACAUUAUGAUCCGUCGUUAACUUUGAUCAUGUAGUUUAAGACCUAAACAUUGAAUCUUAUAUGACUGACAUGACACAUUUAAAAACAUUUAAUUUUGACUGGCAAAGUUUUUUAUAACGGAUAAGCUUUUUCCCCCCAAUAUGAUUUACAAGGUGCAUAUCUUUUUAUAUAUCAUUUUAAAGUUUUUGUUUGCUUGUACAUAUACAUGAUAUAUUAUACGAAGUUUGUUAAGGUCAGGCCUGUUACAUUUAACUUCAUGAAGUGAGCUAUACCCUUUAUGUACUUAGAAUGUUGCUGGAUACUGCUGUUAUCAGGUGCCCUUUGUUAUUGAUAGCAAAAAUCUUUCACACUGCUAUAAUGUUUUUCAAGUUUCAGUAUGUAGCAGAACAUAUACAACAAGUGUUGUGAGUAAUAUAUUUUUUAAUUGCAUUUAUAUAAUAUCAAGAGUGAUGCUGUGAAAAGUUCAGGCUUUUGCCUUAUAUCUGCUGUUCUAAACACCAAAGCGAGAAGUUUUUAUAUUGUUUAUACAGUUUUAUUUUCUCUGUAUUUUUUUUUUUUUUGCCCACGGCUUAACAUGAACAAUAACUACUGACAUGUGCAUUGUAAAUGUGGUCUUUUAAUGUAUUGUUUUUAUUUCUUUUUUUUUUUCUUUUUUUUUGUCUAAAAAAAACAGCCUUUCCUGCACUUUUAUCUUAUCUUAUCUUUCUUUCUUUUAUAAUUUUUGUUAGGACAGAAAAAAAAGGGAGGGGGGAGGGGAGGGAUUUUAGAUUCUUUGUUUGAAGAUUUUGAGGGAGAGAUAUCUCAUGUUGUGUUGCUCUGCUGUUAUUAUAAUAUUGGGAUUUUUUUAAUAGAUGUUCACAUUAUAUUGGAUCUCACUCUUACUUUUUAAUCUCAGAGAUUUGUCUCCUUGUUUUGCAUUCUGUGGCUGCUGAUGGCGUCUAGUUACUCCUGCUUUUGUACUGCCUGUGGUGCACAGUACAAUGUACCUUUGUUCCCCCAGCCCACAGUCAUGGUACUGUAAUGACCUAGAGACUAUGGGCUUUGGGUGUUCUAGGUGUUUCAUGCCUCGUACUUGAGAUAUCUCAUUUUUAAUGCUUGGAAUAUCUUUUACCAAUUGUUUUUUUCCCCCAAAGGUUCUCAUGGCUCUCCACUACUGUCUUACUGCAAGUGCUGACAUUAAUUGCACCCAAACAGUUGAGAGGAAAGCGAGGUUUUAGAAUUGCUAUGCCAUUCUCAUCAUCCUGCCCUUCUUUACCCUUUCUAUUCUGUUACAUUUUGCUGACAGGGGCGUUAAAGUAAUCUGAUUAUUUUGGAGCUAAGUUACCAAAUCUCACUGCAGACUGUUAUAUAUGGUGUUCUUUUGACCUUAUGCAGUUGCGAGCCCAGUAAAACCUUACUAAAACUUUUUAAAAGACUAUUAUAUAUCUAGCCUAUAUAUUUUCAGUUUAGAUACAGGCACCUACUAUAAUUACUUUUUGUAUGUGUUUUUAUCUCUUUGGUCUCUGACUAAAGACUGAUGACGUUCUUGAAAUUAAAAGACACUUAUUUUUUGUUGGAGGGCCUCCCUUGUGGGUCCUACUUCUUUUCUUUCCAUUUGUUUGUUUUUCUUGGGGGAGGGGGGGGGGGGUUCCCAGCGCUAUAAUUUAUGACUGUUGAGUCAAUAAGCUUCUCUUUAUUUGAACAAAGAACAAGCUUCUGAGCCUGUUGCACUUUGUGUAAAAAGUUCCAGAGCCAAUAAUGUGUGUGGGGUCAUGCACUCAAGUCCUGUUUUAUUCCUUUCUCAAAUUAUUCUAGCUGAGCAGGGCGGUUGAAUAUUAUAUAUAUAUAUAAAUAGUCAAAAGGGUUUUGAGAAAAGGCUACUAUAAAGCGUUGUAAAUUUUCUUUGGAGUCACAGAAAAAAGAACAAAGCAUGAGCAUUAAAAUCAAACGACCAUGCUUAUGUGAAACAUGACGAAAAUGUUUUUUUGUUUGUCAUUAUCAGCAUUAUUAUAUAUGUAUGUCUCUUUUAUUAAUUAUGAUGUAAAUAUUAAAAAUUAGAUACAAGGUGUAUGUGUAUUUGAUGCUGGCCUAUUAGUGGCUGUAUACCAAUCCAUGUGGUCAGAUCUGUCUUAAUAAAGCUGAGGUUUUCAGAAAAUA